AGAAAUGUUUUUGUAUUGUUUGUUAAAUGUAGCUUUGCAAUGAUAUUAUUGAAUAUUAAACAUAUAAAUAAUUAAUGAAUAUUUUAAAUAUGGACGCCGGGAUUAUGGUUGAAACUUUGCCGAUACUCGGUACAUGUAGUUUGUGCUUAAAUGAAGGUGUCGUCAAGAGUAUGCUUAUUAAACAAAAUAAUGAAAAUAAAAGGGAUUCCUACACGGAUAUGCUGUUCAAAUGUUUUUCUAUAGAUAUGACAGAACUAGACCUUGAUGAUACGAAACGGCUAAUAUGUGAUGCCUGCAUCAAACAGCUUGAAUUAUGUCUGAAGUUCAAGGACCAAGUCGAGAGAUCAUUAAAGACAUUGGAAGCUAAUAUUAGAUUAAAAAAAGCCAGUAAAGAGGAAGAGUGUGUUAAAGUUGAACUUCCAACAAGUAAAGAUGAUAUUUUCCAAGUGGCUUUGAAAAACGUGAACGACGAUUUGGCAACUGUGAUCGGAUGGUCGAAGGAUACCUUCGAAGGCGAUGAUACUGACGAUGAAAGAAUACUCUUUCCCAGUGUUAAGCAAGAGGACGAUAGCGACUUCGAUGAUGACACAGAGUAUUAUCCAGCAAGUUUAAGCGAUCUGAUGAUAAAGAAAGAACUGGACGAGUACAGACCGCGACGGACGAGAAAAAGAACUCUACCAACGAGCAAGAAAAAAGUCUCAUACUCCGUCAAGAAGCAAGCGGAUUUAAAGGAAACGGAGAAAAUGUUAGAGGCUGGACUUUUCCCGUUCAAAAUGGGGAAAAACCAAACGUACUCGUGCGCAAUAUGUCCAGAAAAAUCAACAGUCCUCGAUGAUAUCAAAGUCCAUAUUAUGCAACACAACAUAACAAAUAUCCACGUCGCAUUUAAGAAGAUGAUAUCGUCGACAUUACAGAAAUUCUACAAAUCUUCCGGUAAAUUUAGAUGCAAGAUAUGUAGGAGCGAAAUAAACGAUUACGAAGCUCUGAAACAACACAUAAAUGCCUGCGUUUCCGUCAAAUCUGGUACCGGAUGGAACAAUUUGCCAUUCAAACUCGAAAAGGACCAAUUGGAUUGUCCGAUUUGUCAGAAAACAUUUUUAAAUUUCGUCAGUUUAAACACGCAUAUGAAUGUUCACUACCCUAACCACAUUUGCGACAGCUGCGGCAAAGCUUUCGCUUCAAAAGCUCGUUUGCGAGGUCACAUGAGAACACACGAAAUAGGCGAUUUUCCGUGCAGAUAUUGCGAUGCGGUUUUCGAUAGAGUAACUAAAAGAGAGAACCACGUGUCAAAAGAACACAAGUCAGGUAUACGGUACGCGUGCAAGAGAUGCAACAUAUCUCUGUCCUCGUUUUACGCGAGACAAAAACAUCUAGCGGAAGUUCACAAUGAGGAAUUGAAGAGAUACAAAUGUAAGGCCUGUACCCAAAGCUAUAUAACUCCAGGACACUUGUCCAGUCACGUUAGGAGAGACCAUCUGAACGAGAGGAACCACAAAUGUUCGAAAUGCGAUCUCGCGUUCUAUACAAGGAAUUCUCUAAAAAUGCACAUGAUUAAACACGAUGGGGAGCGAAUUCAUUCGUGUAAUAUAUGCCAUAAGUCCUAUCAGAGGAAAAAAACGCUGAGGGAACACAUGCGUAUACAUAACAAUGAUAAGAGAUUCAUCUGUCCGGUGUGCGGGAGGGCAUUCACGCAAAAGUGCACCCUGAAGGGUCACUUGAAAGUCCACGAAAGGAAACCGGAUGUCGAUGAACGAGUACCGCAGCCCUUACAUUCGAUAUAAACGGAAGGUAUAUCGUAGAAAUAUUUGUUAUUCUUAUUAAUUGUUAAAAGUAAUUUUUUUCUUUUAACUCUUUAUGGUAUAUGAUUAUGGAUAUAAGAUUUUUUUUGAAGUUAAACUUCUUUGCCUGUUAAUGUAUCACUGCUGAGCUAAGGCCUCGUCUCCUUUUUUGAGGAGAAGGUUUGGAGCUUAUUCCACCACGCUGUUCCAAUGCGGGUUUGUAGAAUACACAUGUGGCAGAAUUUGAUUGAAAUUAGACGCAUGCAGGUUUCCUCACGAUGUUUUUCUUCACCAUAAAGCACGAGAUGAAUUAUAAUCGCAAAUUAAGCACAUGAAAAUUCAGUGGUGCUUGCCCGGGUUUGAACCAACGAUCAUCGGUUAAGAUUUACGCGUUCUAAACACUAGGCCAUCUCGGCUUUUUUUACUUUAAACUUGAUUGUUUAGAGGGAAAUUUCAAGGUCGAGCUUUUGUGCGACGUUUCCAAAGCAACGACCUCGUGAAACGUUGUUCACGCAAAAAUGGUAUCAAUGAUUAGGAAAAAAAAUGACAGCUUUAUAUAAUUUAUUAAAAAUGUCUUCUUUAUUAGUUAUAGUUUAGUUUUUUUUAUGUAUAUAGAUUAUAUAGAUAUUUUUUUUCAUAUAUCUAGACAAUGUCUAAUUAAAUAGUUUUAUUUGUAAAAGUUGUUAGUUAAAUUUUCUAAGCACAGUUUACAUCUGUGUUACAGUGUAUGGUUGAACUGGUAAGACCCUGCGUGUAGGUACCACCAGAUGUGACGUGCAAACCCAUAUACUAGGCAUAUGAUGAGUUUAUAAUACACGAUUGUCUUGUUGGUCUACUGACUAGCUUAUAAGGCCGCAGGUCCCGAGACCGAACACUCUGGUGCCUAGAUAUAACCGGGUCUGGACAUACAAUAUUUUUCUCUAGUGUAUUUAUUUAUCAACCCAGAACAAAACAAUACCAAGUGUUGCUGUUUGGUGGUAGAAUUAAUUAUGAGUGGGUUAUAUCAACCUAGACGUUUACAAAUCCUAACCACUAGAAACGUUCAAUACGACGAAAUUAAUAAAAAAAAUUUUUUACUAUCUUCAACAUUAGUUGCCCGUUCAACUUGUGUGAGUCCUGCUUAUAAUUUAAAUUAUUUGUAUCUAUGGAAUGUACAGUUUACGGAGAAGCAUAUCAUAUGGGUCUUUAACCGAAAUGUAUGAAAUUGGGGUUCCAUAAAUUGCCAAAAUGGCGCUUCUGUAGCUAAGAAAUAAAUUACCUGAAAUUACAUUUGCCGAUAAAAGUGUGCUACUUGAGAAAAAUAAAAUUGUUAACAACAAUAGUUGUUAUUCGAAUAUUAAAGAAAAUUUUUGAGUUCAAAUGUCCCUCUGACUCCAGCAACGCUAUGUAAAUUUCAUAUAUUUCGAGGGACGAUUUUUAUACACGAAAGUACUUCUCCUUGCCUCGACACUACAAAUUUAAAAAAAAAAAUAUGUAACUGCCAAGUUAUUCACGUGACUAAACCUGUGAGCUUACAGUUUCAGUUAGCCCCUACCCCUAUCGAUCCCACACAAACAUUAACGCACUUACAAUAAUGACUUACGCUGACGUCAUCUGUUGCUCGAACCCCCCGUUUGCCCCUACUGUGUAUCGAGCGCUGAGAUAUUUAGAAAUCUAUUAUAUAAAUUAUUUUAUCACACACAGAGUAUAUAACUACGUUUUGUUUGUGAUCACAAAACUUUUUUUUAGGACAGAAUGUUUUUUUUUUUAAAUAUUUGUAAUAAUUAUUUUAAUACGCACAAUUUGUGAUAUUUAAUUUAAAGAAACUUUAGCAUUUUCACACAGUUACUAUACAUCAACGACAUUUAUAUAAAAGUCCAUUUAACGACAAUGUUAAACUACAUAAUAUUGUUUUGUUAUUAGAAAUAAGAAUGGAUGUUAUAAAUUGUAAAAUAUGUGCAAUAAAAGAAUAAUUGAUUUUACAAAUACAUUUUUUUUAUUUC